CUGCUGCACAAUAACCGAGGCUGCAUGUGGAGGAGCGCGUCUGCUGCACGCACACUGGAAAACUCAUGUGCACACACGCACGGAGAUCCACGCCAACGCUGACCUUCGGAUGAAUAAAAAGCGCGUACGGUGCGCAGGACGUUUGAGGGACGUGAAGUGUCCCCUCGGGUUAGUGCCUCAGGAAAUGAUGACAGUGUCCUCCAUCAUCGCUUAGCUGCUCACAGAGGUUUCUCUCUUUUUGCGACCGUUUCACCUGGACGUGAUACAGACUGUUAAUCUGACAGUGAAGGCUCAGAGAGUGAGGGGGUCCUGGUGGGGUCCCGGUGGAGGCAGGUGCAGCGCCCCUUGGCUUCAGGUUGACCGCUGGCGCUUUGACAGGGAGCCGCUGAGCUCUGGACCCUGAGGACUCAUCUGGAUCAGACUGGACUCCAGAUAUCAGCUAUGUCGUCCGCUAUAGAGAGGAAGACAAUGGAGGCCAAUGAGGAGCCGGUGGACGAGGUCCUCCAGAUGCCCCCCUCUCUGCUGUCAUGUGGCGGCUGUCAGCAGAGCAUCGGCGACCGGUUCUUCCUGAAGGCCAUAGAGCAGUACUGGCACGAGGACUGUCUGAGCUGCGACCUGUGUGGCUGCCGGCUGGGCGAGGUGGGCCGACGACUCUACUACAAGCUCGGCAGGAAGUUAUGUCGGAGAGACUACCUCAGGCUCUUCGGUCAGGACGGUCUCUGUGCCUCCUGUGAGAAGCGGAUCCGAGCGUUUGAGAUGACGAUGCGCGUGCGGGACAAGGUUUACCACCUGGAGUGCUUCAAGUGUGCCGCCUGCCAGAAACACUUCUGUGUGGGCGAUCGCUACCUGCUCAUCAACUCUGACAUUGUGUGCGAGCAGGACAUCUUUGAGUGGACCAAACUCAACAACAACAUGGUUUAGGAGAAGCUCUUGAAUCUCUCUCUCCACUUUGCCUUGUCCCACUGGCUUUGAACUUGUUGUAGCCUGUACAGGCUUCGUCGUGACUCUGAUGUUCCUGUUGACUCAUUUAACUCAGAAAUGAGAGGUGACAUCUAUGCACUGCUCCCUGCUGGAGACCAACGAAGACUGCACCAGCAAUAACAUUUCUUGUAAAACUUCACCCUUAAACAUAUAAUAAUAUUUUUGUGUUAUCGACACUGGACUUUUUGGAAUUUAGCGAUAAAGUUUCCAGUAGUAAAGCACCAUUAAAUCACCUCAGUCUGGACAGAAACAUUCAGUAAGUAAUUUGGAAAUGUUUUAUUUUAAAGUUAUUUGAUAGUUAUUUCUAUAGAUUAAUUUAAUACUGAUUAAAUGCAUAUUAUGAACUUUGUUAAAGAGCUGCUCAAAUGAAACACAAAUUAUUAAUUCAUUGUUAUACUUAUUUCUCCUUAUAUGUUGAACAGUUUGCAUUGUUAACUAACCUGCUGCACUGACUGACACACUGUGUUUUAUCAGCUGUUAAGUCUAUUCAUUGAACACUUAAUCUAUUUUCUCUCUUAUUAGAAUUAAACUACACAGUUCAUUCCAAAACCUGCCAAGUAAACUACUAAGACCUGUAAAAUAAAGCGUCCACCAGAUUUUCAUUAAUUAUUAAUGGUAGAAAAUAUCCAUUUUUGACGGUCCUGAUCAGAACGAUUGUAUGGUAAUACCAGGUUGAACUGGCGUCGCCCUCUAGUGGCGACACCAGUUGGUAGAGGGAAUCUUUGCGAUUACUAAUUUUAUUAGCGUCCUCACUUGUUUCCUUUGUCUCUUCUGUAACUGCAACAACUCAUUGAGUUUGCACACAGGGAUUUUUAGAUGUUAACUUGUGGAUUAAUAAAUAAACCAGGUAUUGGUUACCACUUGAGCUAAUGAGCUGUUGCAUUGUAUAAAAACAAGUUAAUUAUUUCA